GCAGCGGCAGGCACAGGUUGCGGGGGGCCGGUUUGAGGCGGGCACAGCGCGUCGCGGAGCGGCGGGGAGCCGCGGUGCCGGCAUGCCGGAGCUGGCGCCCGGGCCCAAUAUGGAGUGCGAUAUCUUGGACGCUCUGGAGGCUUUGGGGUACACGGGACCACUGUUGGAGGAGGAAGCACUGAAGAAGGCAGCAGAAAGUGGAUUGUCUUCACCAGAAUUUUCUGAGCUUUGCAUUUGGUUAGGUUCCCAAAUAAAAUCACUGUGUAAUAUGGAAGAAAGCAUCACGUCCACAGAUGGUAAUAAAGAUAUAGAGAGCUUCCAGCUUGAGAUUAGUGGAUUUCUGAGAGAAAUGGCUUGUCCAUAUACAUCGCUUAUAUCUGGAGACAUCAAGGACAGAUUAAGAGCGAAAGAAGAUUGUCUUAAACUUCUCUUAUUUCUAAGUACAGAACUUCAGGCUUUGAAGAUAUUGCACAGCAAGAAAACAAAGGGCUCUCACCUGGAAAAGCACAAUGAAAUUUAUCAGGAAGUGCAAGCUAUUUGCAAUGCACUGGGCCUGCCAAACUCCUCAUCUUGUGAUAUUGCUCCUUUGUUAAUCCAUGUGGAAGAAAAGAUAAAGGACAUUCUCUCAAAAGUUCAAAAUAACCACGUGGGGAAAUCGCUGCUAACAAAACCUCUGAAUUCUGACCAAGUGGAAAGAUUGGAAAAAAUCAAUGAUGCUCUUCGCAGUGAGUACGAAUGUCGUCGCCGUAUGUUAAUGAAGAGGCUCGAUGUGACAGUACAGUCUUUUGGCUGGUCAGAUAGAGCUAAGGUAAAAACGGAUGACAUAGCACGGAUCUACCAGCCCAAGCGUUAUGCCUUGUCUCCAAAGUCAACUGUUACAUUAGCUCAUCUUCUUGCUGCUCGAGAAGAUCUGUCGAAGAUUAUAAGAACAAGUAGUGGAUCAACACGGGAAAACACAGUCUGUGCCAUCAACAAGGUUUUGAUGGGGAGAGUACCUGACCGUGGAGGCAGACCAACAGAGAUUGAACCACCCCCUCCCGAAAUGCCUCCUUGGCAAAAAAGACAAGAAGGUGCUGGAAGAGGUGGCUGGGGAGGUGGUGGUGGAAGGGGCAACUGGGGGGGUGGAGGGGGUAGAGGAGGAGGUGGAGGUUUUGGAGGUGGGGGCUUCGGGGGUGGAGGUUUCAGAGGUGGUGGAAGAGGUGGAGGUGGCUUCCAAGGUGGCAGGGGAGGAGAUUAUGGCAGCAGGGGAGGCUAUGGUGGUAGGGGAGGUUACGGUGAUCCAUACGGUGGAAGGGGAGGGGGAGGAUACCGAAGAUACUGAAAUGCUGUUAAUUAUUGAGUAACUGGCAAAAUAUAGUGGUGGUGUUUACUGGUGUCAGGAAUUUAUAUAUGGUAACUUAGAUUUAGGUUAGAAUUACGUAUGACCACAUGAAUCACUGCAUUAGACCAACUGAUGUUGUCAUUGAAUUUUUAGUUAACUGAACAGAACUUUUCUACUAAAAUGUGAUGACUAAACUCCUUGUUUUUCAUACUGCUCAUAUGGUGUUUUUUAUCAUGUCAUUUUAUUUAAAAUAAGCCUCAGAAAACUGAAUAAAACUCUUUCUAAACAAAAA